CUGGCUGCUGGCCCCUUCCCUUCGUCCCCUUGAGGUUGUCAGCAAGCAAGCCAGCUCCGUUACGGCAGCCCCUACGUGCACACCAGGUGUUCAUUUUGGAGUCUGCUGCACCACAGCAGCGAAGAAGUGUGUCACGCGCGAGAGAAAGAGAAGAAGCGUGUGGGCGUAUAAUCGAUGUUCCUGGGUCUGCUCUUGAUACUUGCGUGUGCUCUUAUCGAGAGGUCAAACGCGUUCGUGACCCCUUCCAUGUCAUCCAGUCCUCCAGGGGGCACCGCAGCCUGGCCUCCGGCCGAUCGAUUGAGCGAGUACGUGAAGGAGUCAAACCUGGUUGACUACAGAAGGUUGGCAGCGCAGGAAAAUGAAUGGCUAGCUCCGGUUAUUUCGAGCAUCAAGAGCAACAACCCUACGGAGACGAAUGCCGAGCGGCACGCUUUUUUGAUCAACGCGUACAACCUAUGGACACUGCACUACGUUGUCCGCGAGAGGAGGUUUCCUGGCUUCAAGGGAGCCGUCUCCAUGUUGGCCAAGGCGCGAUUCUUCUACUGGCACAAGGUGUCUACGGGCGCCGGUAGAUGGAACCUCUACAACUUCGAGAACAAGGUCAUUCGACCGGAUUUGAACGACGCUCGGGUUCACUUCGCCCUGAACUGCGCGUCGAUGUCAUGUCCCCCCUUGCGGAGGAAGCUGUUCACUGGGCCUGGCUUGGAUGCAGAGCUUGACGAGGUAACAUCCGCGGCAAUCAAUGGGGGCGCCAUGGUUCAACUCAAGGAGGACGGGAAAGCCCUCAGCGUCAACCCAAUCUUCAAGUGGUACAAGGAGGACUUCGACAAGGAGGGCGGCGUUGAGGUCUUCAUCAGGAGUCGCUGGACCGGAUCCCCUAUCCAGGAGGACCCGAGAAUAGAAUUCUUCGACUACGACUGGAGGUCAAACAGUGCCGACGCAACGUGGUCUGACCGCGCGUUGGGGGGUCCAGCACCUUGAGACCCGAGGCGCGCUAUAUAUCAGUCCCGAGGCGCGCUGUACGAAAGUCGUUUUCAUGUUGAGGCACUUGGUGUGCACUGCUGCUGCGGUUGAGAGUACCCAUGCAUGGAGCAAAAACGUUGGGGGCAUGUACAGUCAAAUUUUGUCAACGAAAGAAGUUCGCGCGCAACUCAAAAACCUGAUAUCUGUGACAGGAGCACAAUAGUGAAGUUUAUGCAUGGUGCAGAACGCGUUCCUCGGUUUGAUCAGCCGUAUAGUAAGAUGCUUGCAAUGCUUUGCUGGUAAUACGAUACGUCCGUGAGACGAAGCGGAUGCGCAUCCACUAUUGAAGUGAGCUUGAAGUUCUCUGAUUGUUGUUGUCGAACCCCACUACACACGGCGGAAGGCGCCGGUUGUUGACAUCCCAAGUUGUUCACCAAAUACUAUAAAAUCAGGGGAUACACCAAGCACGUUCUCAUUGAGAAAAGCGUCUGCCACGAUUGGCACUCGAGGCGGACACCGUUGGCAAAGCGCGUUCGUUCUUGGCAAUCUAUGAGCCGUCUACGUUCGGGAAAUGUUCAAGGGAAUAACUUGAGGUAUUUAUCGGAUUCGGUUUAACCGGAUGACCGAUUUAAUUGGAUUACAUCUUUAAACCUGGCGCAAAACUGGUUACCCCAAAACUGAGCAAAGAAGGCGCAGCAGAACUCAAAGCCUCGCAAAAUGCGGGUUGAUCAUGGGGAGAGCGCCGGGUCGAGUUGCCCCCAACUCUGUCCAUCGCACGCAGUCUGCCCGCCGCUAUCGCCGUUUCUUACCCCGCUCCCUGAUCCUUUCUUGUUUCUGCUUGA